AUAGAUAUAAUUGAACUAACAAACAUUUAUGAAACUAUUCAAAAUGAUAUACUUGAAUUGCAGCAUAUUCAAAAAGCUAUUUACGAUGAAAUAAUUAAAUUAUAUACUCAAAAAACUGUUUAG